CCUCUACCAUGUACGGGUAUGGCGAUAGAGUCGAUGAUGUCGGCCCCCACGACGCUGCUCCUCAGGAGCGCGGUGGGGAUGACUGGCGAGUCCGCGAGCAGCUGCGCGAACAGCGCGAGCGCCGCAGAGAGAGACGCGAGGAGGAACGGGACUAUCGCGCGCGCCAGAAUGAGCUGCAGCGCGUUGCCCGUGAGGGUCGGGAUCGCCUGAAAGCGCAGCUUGGCUCUCUGGAUGAUGAAGCCACGCGCCUUUCGGUGACCAAGUGGCUGCUGCGAUUUAUCGAUCGCUCCACAGCCAUCCCCGGCAUCACGAACCAAGACAAGUUCAUGGUUCUGGGUGAGUGCCUUAAGGGCAAGCACGUGGUUGCAUACGACCAGUAUGUGAGGAGUGCUGAGAAUAUUCCUCAGGGGGGUGACCCUGUGGAUGAGGCUGAGGCCUGGUACGAGAGUGCUGUCAGCAACAUCCUCAAGGAUGUCCGUGGCCGCAGCGGAGUCAACGAGACAUACGCGCGCCACGUUCGCACCGAGCGGCUCGGCUGUCCCUCCUAUAUGAGAGACAGGGCUGACCUGCGCGAGAAGCUGGCGGCAUUUGAUGAUGACCUCGAGGUCGCUCAGAUGCAUGGCGGCGAGUUGGGUGAGACAGAGAAGGUGGACAAGUUGCUGAACCUCCUCCCUGAGGAGGCCAAGCAUUUUGUCACUCAGACUCUACUCCAGCGCUACCGGCAGGCGCAGACCACGGCUGAGAUGAUAUAG